AGGACCAGGCUCCGGGAUUUUUUUUUUUUGGGAGCCAGUCCCUAUUGUUCAGAUCCCUCCUCCUGCUUGGGAAGUGGGAGGACCCGAAAACGGCGUCGCAAAAGGGAGAAUUGUUUGAGAGCUCAGUCAUCCAAAAACGGCCUUUCAAUGUGAGAACUUGGGGAGCCGAAGAAAAUGUCGGUGGCAUCGCAGUAAAUUACCAAACACAGCAGCAGCAGCAGCAGUAGUAAUAGUGAGGCUUUAGAGGGAACAAGAGACGCGAAGACGUGCUGCGUUUUUGGGACUAAACCUGAGCGAGCAGAGGAGAGACACGGAGAGGAGAUAUCGGGCGGUUACAGCGUGGUGUGAGCACCAACCAGAGCAGAUUUGGGGGGACGUGUAUGGAAGAUGUCUGGAAAGAGAGACUGGACUCCGUGGAUGAAAAAGAGAAGGGCUCCAGUGUUGUGUGCUCUGGGUGCAGUACUCCUAUGCUGCCUUCAGAGCGGCGCCUCCAUCUCUGAUGAGGUCCCAGCUUUCACCGAAGAGCCGGCGUCCGUGGUGCAGAAGUUGGGAGGCAGCGUGAACCUGCGCUGUAGCGCUCGGCCGUCCUCCGCCAACAUCAGCUGGCAUCACAACGGUCAGGAGCUGUUGGACGGAGAGCUGGGCGUAGUUCUGGGGCCCGGUGGCCUGUUCAUUCCCACACUCUCCAACGUGACACUGGGGAGGUACCAGUGUGUGGUCAGCACCAGCGCCGGAGCUCUGGCCAGUGUGCCCGCUAAUGUCACCGCUGCCAGUGAGUAGCCACCCACACAAAGCUGCGACAAAUAAACACACAGAGUGUCCAGACACGGCCUUCUUUAACUCCAUUUUCCUCGAGUCAAACAAAAACAGUGAGGAGGCGGUAUUUGUUAGUUUAAAAGGGCAACUGUGUAAAAGCUUGUACUUUUCCACUGUGCGAGAUUUCAAAACUCCUCCAGCGACAGUUUUGGUGCUCGUGAUGGAGGAGUUUGUCGCACAUCAUUGAUUAGCGACAGACUGUAUUUAUUAGACAGCAGCUGUGGCGAGGCAGAGUCAUAUUGAUCUAAUGGAGUGAAAGUCAAUCUUUCGCCGCCCUGACAUUUUUAGCGCUGUGCUGCUCUGAGUGUGUGUUGUUAUAUUUGAUAUGCAUCAUGGGACUCAGGAGGGGCCUGGAGCUGUGUAACCUGAACCAGAGGAAUGAAGGGGACCCAGGGGCUGUGGUGGGGGGGGGGGCAAUCAGGGCAGUGAGAA